GCCCAUUAUAGCCUGAAAGAACAUGAGGACAUGCAGUGAGCUGCGAAGAAGUUAAGUAUACGUUUGAAAUUAACUGAACAUUCUACUGCAUUUUCGCUUGUUUGAAUCCAUUGGAUUCAGUACUUUUUGCCGCGGUCCUUCAUCUUGUCGCCAAGUUUGCAUAAGUUGCUUUAGAAUGAUGCCGAUUGCCCGAUUCAAUGCUGUCCUCAGACCAACAGUCCUCAAUGUUCUGAGGUCCAUGUCUUUCAGUCCCUCACCAGCCGUCGUCUCAUUUAUGGUUCCGUGCAGUCAGUUCCACGUAUCUGCUUUACGAAAAGAUAUCGAUCAGGCAGCAAAGUAUAUUGGAGCUGGCGCAGCUACGGUUGGAGCUGCUGGAUCAGGUGCUGGGAUUGGUUCAGUGUUCGGGAACUUGGCAAUGGCUUACGCAAGAAAUCCUAGUCUGAAGCAACAGCUGUUCACCUAUGCCAUCCUUGGUUUUGCAUUAAGUGAGGCCAUGGGUCUUUUUUGCCUGAUGAUGGCUUUCUUAAUUUUAUACGCCUUUUGAGGAAUUAGCACGCUGUAUGUACCUAGGUUUGUUUACCAUAUCCAAAUUGCUGGUCCAGAUGUGGACGUGAGUCAACAUGCAGAUGAUAAAAUAGACACUUUUAAUACUAGUGAAAUAAAUCUGUUAUAGA